AGUAUGUAUUUGAUUUGAAAGAAACACAUCUCGCUUUCCCAAUCUGUCACUUUCGUAGCAGAAGGUAUCCGGUCGAGGUAUACGCUAUCGGCGAUUGUGGUGAAAAUGAAUUCUAUAUUGGCGUUGUUGCUGGCCUGUCUUGUGGCUGUAGCAUCUGGUGAAACAUGUGAAGGUGCACAAGUUGAUGCUGUUGGAUUUACCUCUGAGGAUGCAACCCUUGUCACAAAGAUAGCAUACAUUGCAGAUUUCAGCUUAUCCUGUUCAAAUGGUGCAAAGGAUGUGUCACUAUAUGCAGAAACUUUUGAUGGGAUUGUGGGUGUUGCUCGAUCAGUUGAUGGUGUCAAGUAUCAAGUAAGUUGGGUUGAAGAUGUUGCAACUGCUGGAUCUGGACAACGACCCAUCAAGCUUUAUGAUGAAGCUGGAUAUGCUGCUUUGAGAAAAGCUCAGCGUGGCAAUGAAGAUACUGCUGCAGUGCAGCCAAUUGCUGUUAUUAACCUCUAUCAUCCAGGUGCUUACAGAGGUCCUUGGGUUCAGUCAGAGACUAUGGCCAUUCUUGCUGCUAUUUUCAUUUACUACUAUGCCUUGACACAGAAGAACAAGCUCAUGGCUUAAG